AUGACACCUUCACCGAAAGUAGAAGAUGUCGACGAUGCAGCAGCGGCUGGCAACACAUCAGAUGCCUCUGUAGGACAAGAUCUAGAUGACCCACAAGACGAGCAAGGAAGAUUUCUAGAUUUUGUAAUCUCGUCUUUGGAUAAAGGAUCACCAACCUCUAGCACAGCUUCCGAGGCCGACCCCGACGCACCCGCAGGCAGAAAUCCUCCACGGACGGGCGUCGGCCAUCUCCUCCGGCACGUCAGAGUAUCCUUGCUGUGGCUCCAGGAGGUGGGAGACGCACUGACCGAGUCUGACGUGGCCGGCACUGUCUGUCAGUGGCUGGGAAGGCUCGACGACCCGGGCGAGGUCACAAACGGGGAGUCAAUGGCGCUGGACUCCCUCCGCGAGGUCCUCCGCCAGGUCGCUGCGCGUCGAAGCAGAAGUUGUGUUCGAUGCGGCGAGGCUUUUGAGGAGGAAUACAAUGCUUGGAAUUGCAAGAAGUUCUUGGAUAAUCAUUAUGGUAAGUUGGGGUUGCCAUCACCUGCUACCUUCCGCUCCCUUUCCUGGUAUCAUGUGUAG